GCAUGCAUCUCUUGCGUUCUCUCCCCCUUCUUGCUUCCUUGGCGGCUUACGCUGCUGCUUCGGUUGCUGUAAAACGUCAGGCUUCCUCGACCUCUUCUGCUGCUGGGUCUUCCACGACUUUGACACCGGACGAUGCUGAUACAGAGUGUACCAACACUGCCGGUAGCCGUGCAUGCUGGGGAAAUGGCUUCAGCAUUGCGACCGACUUUGAUCAGAAGUUCCCUGACACCGGAAAGACAGUUCCAUACACAUUGACCAUUACAAACACUACUCUUGACCCCGAUGGCACAGGCGAUCGAAGGGUUAUGCUGAUCAAUGAUCAGUACCCAGGACCAAUCAUCAGGGCUAAUUGGGGAGAUUGGCUCGAAAUCACAGUCAACAACCACUUGGCUGACAAUGGUUCUGGAAUCCACUGGCAUGGCAUCAGGCAGUAUGAGACUUGCGACCAGGACGGUGUCCCUGGGAUAACCGAGUGUCCCAUUGCUCCGGGAACAUCUCGCACGUACAGAUUCCACUGCACGCAGUAUGGUACUAGUUGGUAUCAUAGCCAUUGGAGAACUCUUGGUACGCUCGUCAUCGACGGUCCUGCCACCGAUAACUACGAUGAAGACCUUGGCCCCUUCGCGCUGACAGACUGGUAUGAGGAAACUGCGUUUUUCAACAACCCUUUGGCACGCAGUAUACCUCCACAGGCCUACACUGGUCUCGUGAAUGGCAUGAAUGUCAGCCCCGACGGAACCAAGGGAAAGUAUUUCAACGCUACUGUCCAAUCUGGCAAGAGAUAUCGUCUACGACUUAUCAACACAUCUGUGGACAGCGCUUUCAUGGUUUCAGUCGACGGCCACCCUUUCACUGUCAUCACCAAUGACUUUGUCCCAGUCAUGCCUUAUGCUGCAAAGCGAGUCUUUGUAGGAAUUGGGCAAAGACUCGAUGUUAUCAUUGAGGCAAAUCAGACAGUAGGCAAUUACUGGUUCCGGGCGGAUGUUCCUGCUGUUGGUGGUGCAUUCCCUGCAUGCGGCAACAACGCAAAUCCUAAUGGCAUUAGGGCAAUCAUUCAUUACAGCAACACCACAUUCUCCAAUCCCACCAGCAUCGCUUGGGAAACAACCGGGGACAAUGCAGAUCGAUGCAAUGAUGAAUCUUACAACUCGAACAAACUUGCGCCUUACUGGGACAGCUUCGUUCCCGACAAUGCCUUGACAGCAAAUCCUGAGUUCUUAAGCGUGCAGGCUCAGGAAGCUGGUAUUAGAUCAGACAACGCGACAAUCUUCAGGUGGGCCAUCGACACCACUGCUCUCAACGUAACCUGGGAGAAGCCGACCCUUGAAUACGUUCAGGAGAAAAACACAAGCUAUGCGCCCUCCAUGAAUCUAAUAAACAUGCCCGAUGCGGAGUGGACCUAUUGGGUUCUUCAGGAGAUUCCCACUCCUGCGGGCGCAGCACUGUUUGUUCCUCAUCCCAUUCACUUGCACGGACACGAUUUCUACGUGUUGGGUGCUAAAGAGAACAGCAACUAUACCAAUGACCAAGCGAGUGAGCUGAAUUUCAAGAACCCGCCCCGUCGCGAUACCGCAAUGCUUCCAACCCAAGGCUGGCUGGUCAUUGCCUUUGAGACAAACAAUCCUGGUGCUUGGAUCAUGCAUUGUCACAUCGCAUGGCAUGUAGCCGAUGGUCUGGCCACCCAGUUUCUCGAGACACCAGAUCAGAUCAAAAUCGACCCUAGCUUCAAUGACAUCUGCUCGGCAUGGCGCGAUUUCUACCCUGAAGAGUCCUAUUGGAAGAAGGACGACUCUGGUGUC